CUGACAGAAUAUGCAAUUUUUUCAAUGCCAAUUUAUUUAUACGAAAGCAACAAAAUUUAAACCAUUAAUAAACUAAAUGCAUACUAAAAAGUAGACUUUUGAUCAUAUUAAAUAUUAAUAAAUUCAAAGUGAGUCGCAGGGACGUACGAUAUCAAGUAUGGGACGUGAAGUGUUCAAAAGAUGGACAAAAAACUUUUAUAAAGAAUUUGGAUAAUAAAGGCUCAAUAAACAUAUGCAAUGAAAAUGACAGCGUGAUAAGCAUCCUCGUGGAGGGAACGAGAAGGAUGCAGCUGGAAAAACUGUUGAGAGAUCGAGACAUAGCCUUCGUGGUGACGACCGCUGACACGGGAUCUAUGGGCGCACCCAGGCUGGGCAAGAACUUGGUCACUCGGAGUAUUAAGCAGAUGAAUAAAGAUCAAGUUAUGGACUGGCACAACUUUUAUCCCCUCCAUGUGAUAUACAGUUUCUUGUCGAGUCUAGAACAGCAGUAUCCUUCCAGGUGCACAGUACACUGUAUCGGUUAUACAGUGGAAGGUAGAGAAAUCAAGAUGCUGAAGAUAUCCUCCAGCCACGCCGGCAACUCGGGCGCGUGGCUGGACGGUGCCAUACACGCGCGCGAGUGGAUCAGUGCCGCGGUCGUCACGUACAUCGCUCAUCACCUCGCCACCCACUUCGAUGGACUGCCGGAGUCGGUGACUAAUAAGGAUUGGUACUUAGUCCCUGUCCUGAAUCCGGAUGGCUACGUCCACACGCACGUGAAUGAUCGGAUGUGGCGGAAGAACCGAGCUCGACACGAUAAUAAAAUAGUUGGAGUGGAUCUUAAUAGAAAUUUCGGGCCAUCAAUCAACAGCCGCGGUGAAGGGGCGUCGGUGGACCCCAACCACCUGAACUACCGCGGGCCCGCGCCGUUCUCCGAGCCAGAAACAGCAGCUUUGAGGGACACGAUCCUGAACUCGGUAGUUCCGUUCAAGCUGUUCCUGACGUUCCACGCGUUCAGCGAGGCGAUCGCGUUCCCGUGGGGCGCCACGCACGAGCCCUGCCCCGACUACGUGCCUCUGCUGGAGGGGGCCACCGUCAUGGCUAAGGCUAUAGAACAAACAUCAGGGCGACUGUACAAAGUAGGGGCCUUCAAGGAUAUAAUGUAUCGUGCAGAAGGGACGAGUAUCGACUGGAGCUAUGGCACGGCGUUCAUACCAUUCUCCUACCUCAUCGAGCUGAGAAGCAAGCAACAUAAGUUCUUAUUGCCAAACGACGAGAUAGAAGAAACUUGCAAAGAAAUUUUGAGUGGAGUCCUAGCUUUAGCCGAACAUGUUGAUAAACAAACCUGUGUUAAUUUAAAGUAAGUCAGUUAUGUGAUACCGUGUGGUACUGCUGGUGAAUAAAAAUCAUGUGAUAUUAUUUUGUGAAUAAACUUUAUUUUUGAAA